AACCAUCCCUCGCAUCUCUUCAAAAACACACUCUGUAAAUCUCAUACAAAAUGCCCAUUGCCAUCUCUCCUCCCUCCAUCUCCCACUACUCUUACGUCCCAGAGACGAAAGAGAAGCUCGACUGGGCCGAUCUUCCCACCAUCGACCUUUCCCUCUACGGAACUCCCGAAGGUAACGCACAACUCGCAGACACCCUCAUCAAAGCAGUCAGGACCAAAGGUUUCUUCUACGUCACCAACUUUGGUAUCUCUCAAGAGAAAGUAGACAAACAAUUCGCCAUCGGUCAAAAGUUCUACGAGCUCCCCUUGGAGGAGAAACUCAAGUACACUCCUGAUCUUGAGAAUGGAGAGUACAACGGGUAUAGGCCGGCGGGUAGGACCGUACAUGAUAGUGGGGUAAGGGACAGGACCGAGGUAUACAACAUCCCUAAAUUCGAUGGAUUCCACCCAAGAGAACACCCUGCUCCUGUGGCCGACAACAUCGGAGAGAUUGAAGAAUUUGCUCGUUCCCUCCACGACAAAAUCCUCGACCCUCUUCACACCCUCCUCGCUCUCGCCCUCGAACUUCCUCCCGACUUCUUCGUGAACCUCCACAAAUACGAAAACAAAUCAGAGGACCAUCUCCGUUACAUGAAAUAUAGCAAAUACCCAGCGGAGGAUAUCCCUAAGUUGGGAGGGUUUUACAGCAGGGGUCACACCGAUCUCGGUACCCUGACGUUACUGUUCAGACAACCCGUGGCGGCUUUGCAGAUCAAAGAUCACGAGACAGGAGAGUGGAAGUGGGCCAAACCUCUUGAUGGCAGUUUGACCGUCAACACGUGUGACACUUUGAGCUUCCUCACUGGGGGCUAUGUCAAGAGUACGAUUCACAGGGUCUCCGUCCCACCCAAGGACCAACAACACGUCGACCGUCUCGGUCUUCUCUACUUUGCUAGACCUCAAAACGACCUCGUCUUGAACACCAUCGACAGUCCCGUUCUCAAACGUGAAGGCUACACCCAGAACGAGUUUGAAAAGGCUGGUGUUCCAGUGCCUACCAUGGAGGAAUUCACAUUCAAGAAACAAAAAUGGCAACAGGGUACGGGGAACAAAGGCGCAAUUUCGUACAAGGAGAAAGAAGGACAGGAGAUCCUCCCGGGGUUCAAGGGCCAACUCUUCACCUGAGCUGGAUGACUGUAGCUGAAUAUAGCAGGCCUGACGCAGACGUGAGCUGUCAAAAUGAGUUAUAUGAAUAAUGCUUUCCAUCGAGG